AUGGAUUUAGAAAGUAUCAACUUAGCCCCCUUCCCAUCGUCUCACAGCUCACAGCUCACUUCAACAUUCUCAUCAUCACCCUACUACCUCAUCAUCAUCAUCAUCAUCAUCAUCAUGACCAACAACAACAACAACAACAACAACGAGAACAACAAAAACAAAAACAAACAAGAAGAAAGACCAGCCACCCCUCAAAACAAAAACACUCUCUUCAUCCCAUUCAACUCACCAAGAACACCUCAUCCAAUCCCACUCUCCCAUCCUCCAAGCCCAAUACCCAGGGACGAUAUCAUCGAAGGAAUGUCGGCUUCAACCGGUUCAAUCUUCGAAAGAGACGUCGAAAACUUCGAUGCCAGUCUCACCGCUCAGGAAGCCAUCCAGCUGGCCGUACCACCCGUACUAGAUGAGGCCAUCGAAGCACUAGCCACCGUCUCCCCAGAGAACAUCCUAGUCGACCAGAUCCCACUCGAAUACCAUCUCUUCAACUCCACUCUAUCAGCUAACUCAACCGAUCACACUCAACCAUCCUCACCAAACAACAACAACUCAAACAACAACAACAACCCAUCUCUACCAGCUAGCUCAUCAUCAUCAUCAUCUCCUCACAAUCAACUCUCUGCAAUCUCCUCAUCAACUCCAACAGCAGCUCACCAUCAUCACCAAUCUCACUCAGUCCCAUCCUACCCAUUCCCCUCCUUCAACUCACCUGCCCAACUCAGCCCAUCUCCUCCAUCCAGUCAUCCUCCUCCCCCCUCACCCCCUUCGAUCCCCCCUCGUCUACAUCAUCAAACCUUGAGCUGCACCUCAGACACCGCUUCGAUCAGCGAUCCUAGCUCCCCCAGAAGUCUCAGUCCAACUCCAUCCUUCAAGAUCGGUCGAUCGAUGGUCACCCAACUUGCUACCGAUCCCGACUCCUUCCCCACCCUUACAGCUCACAAUAAUCACCCUCUGAUCCCCGCCGAAAUCUUAUCGACAAACGCUCUCUUGAAGAACGAGCAACCUGCCACUCUGCUCUCACCCGUCCAACCCGUCCAACAGAUCCUAUUCACCAAGAACGAUAACAACAAACCAGACCAGGAGACUCCUCAAACCUUCCGACAACGAAAGACCUGCAUCAGCUUUAUGAGCUACGUCGAUAUCCUCAACUCCGAGCGCUCAGAUCACUCAUCAGACUCAGCAGCAGCCCCAUCGAGCUCGGCGAUGAAUGCCCUAAGGAUGGCCAGGAAAUCCACCUCAUCACUCGUCAAGCGAGCCUCCUCCAUCUUCUCUCACUCCUCCCGAGUUCGAUCCUCUUCCAAGAAGAAUAUUAACCUCUUGAGCACCAGUCCUAACGAAAAUCUCGGGAAAGCUUGGGUCAAUCGUAGUAGGUGUACGAGUAGUAAUACCACCUAUCACUCCUGUCCAACCCAACGAUCUGCAUCCGAAAUCCAACACAAUCCAUCGGCUGGACUCGAGACCCCAGAGGCUGAGGCUGAGGCUGAGGUCUUGGGUGAGUUUCAUUGGAACUGAUCCGCACCAAUCAUCGAUCUGAUCUGCCUCUCUUGUGGACUUUCUCUUCUCCCACACACACACACACACACACAUUCUCUCUUUCUCUCUGUUUCUCAUUCAAAACCUUGUGUCAAGGGAUUUUUCAAAAACCAUACAAACACACACAUACACACACAUGUCAUCCAAAACAAAAUACAUCAUACACAUGUAAAUUGAGUUUUUUUUUUUUUUUGCUUCAUUUGUUUUCUCUCUAAAAGUCAGUUCAAAACAUCCACAUAUAUCAUAUCUUUUUUUUAUUGCUUUCCACCAUCAUCUCACAGUCUCUCUCAUUUGUUACUCAUUUCUAUCUUUCUCUUUUUUUUUUUGUUCCAUUCAUUUCACAUUUCCUCACAAAAAAAAAAAUGAUCUAUUUCCACCACCAGUUAAUUCAAAAGCAGAGUAAACACUCACAUCAACACACACAUAUAUGUCUUACCUACACAUCUCAAUCAAAAAUGAAGCCGAUUCA